UAGCAUUUGAGAGAUGAUUGGUAAGCAAAAACACUUUCUUUCUAUAUAUAGGAAAUUUUAGCUGCAGCAGUUGGAAGAGAACACUUUCCUAUCAUGAGUGGAGAAGUUCUAAGGAAGGUGGUACCAGAUGUAUCACUUGAAAUAGACAAAAUUGAAAAAGAUUUAGAGCACAUUUGCAGUACAAUUGAUGAAGUUAUGCAGGCAGAAUGUGAAUGCUGUGGCCUUCGAGAGGAAUGCACUCAAGAUUACAUAGAAAGAAUUAAGGAUUCUUAUUCAGGAAAAUGGGUGUGUGGCCUUUGUUCUGAGGCUGUAAAAGAAGGACAAAAAGGGGGACCAGUAGACAUUGAAGAAGCUGUGAGUUCACAUAGAAACUUCUGCCAAGAAUUCAAUAGUUCAACUAGACUCAACCCAAAGCUCUCUUUGACAAUGGCCAUGAAAAAUAUUGCAAGAAGAAGCCAUGAAAAUAGGGAGAAGAAGCAAUAUCCUACAUCAAAGAUUUCAAGAAGUUCUAGUUGUGCUCCGAGAAUUGACAUUACAAUGAAAUAAUAGUGGAUUGCAAAGUUUAUGCCUUAAUUAGAUAUAUUUAGGGUAGUAAAGUGACAUGGUUAUUUUUCAUUGCUCAUUAUAUGUAGUACUUGUUAAUUAGAAUAUACUACUACUUGUUAAGA